GCACUAUUGUCGGAGAGUUUGUUACAAACUCAUGAUGAUAAGCUUUAGAUCCAGAUAGCUAAGCUCUGAUUAACAUCUUUUAAUAGCUUACGCUUCGAUAUAUUUCUUUUUAGUGGAUUUCGUCUGAUUUACUGGAAGAAAAACAAAAUAGAAGAAUUGUCCUGGAAGUUAUUAAAUUUGGUGUGUUUGUGGGCGAUCGAGUGGCUUAUGCCAAGGAAACAGUCGGAUUGAGUUCCAUGGAGCGCUACAGCUGCAACCGCUGCUUCCGCCGGUUCAACAACGGCCGCGCCCUCGGCGGUCACAUGCGCUCCCACGCGGUCUCCGCCCUCGCCGCCGCUGCUCCCCUGGUUCAGGGAGAUUGCUCUGCCUCCGCCUCGUCGAGUCAGGCGCUAGAAGCAGAGGCGGAGGAGGGCAAGGAGACGGCCGCCUCCGCCUCCUACGGCUUGAGGACGAAUCCCAGGAAGAGCUUCCGGCUCGUGGACCCCGAGUUCUCUUCGACCUUACCUGCGCUCGAGCCGGCCGGUUCGAGCGUCGUCGUCCAGGACCGGGAAAGCGACACGGAGUCUACCCGAGCAGACGGCAGCCAGGGAAAGCGGUCUCGCGCCUCCCCGGCGGAGGCGGAGCCGGCGAGUUCGGUGUCGGACGUGACCCCCGCGGAAGACGUCGCCCUCUGCUUAAUGAUGCUCUCCCGCGAUUCUUCUUGGGGCGUCGCCGGGGAGGCCCACCUUUCCGAUGGAUCCAAUGAGGACGAGGAAGAAGAGGAGGUGGAGCGUGGGCAAGUUACUCGAUCGCCGGCAACUCCGACGCCGCGGAAGGGAAGGACCCGGUACCAGUGCGGCGCGUGCAAGAGAGUCUUCCGCUCGUACCAAGCCCUCGGUGGCCACCGGGCGAGUCACAAGAAGAACAAUGGGUGCGUCUCCGCCGCCGAGCCCGGCCAGAUCUUUGGCGAGGUGGACUCCGCCGACGCCAAUGCCGGGGCGAAGCUUCACGAGUGCCCGUUCUGCUUCAGAGUCUUCAGCUCCGGACAAGCUCUCGGAGGCCACAAAAGGGCCCACUUCAGCUCUUCCUCCUCCAUUGCGGUCACCCGCGGCACGCCUGUGUCUGUCACUCUCUAUCCGCCGCCACGCUCUCGACCGGGCACGUCACCUGUCGCCGGCUCCGCCACCAAGCCUGCAAACAGCAUCAGCCUCUUCGACCUCAACUUGCCGGCGAUGGCGGACGACGAGGUGGAACUGUCAGCCGUCUCGGAUAUGGAUUGCGUUGCCGACCCAUGAGCAUCACUUCCAACUUUUCAAGGUAACAAAUUGAAGGGCAAAGAACCCAAAACAACCUAAAAAAACAGAAGUUUUCGUUCAAACAAUGAUGAAGCUAAAAUUUUUAUUUCUUUCUUUCAGUUGGAUAAAUUGGCGAUUAUAUUUGUGUGUUUCUGAACCCGCUCGCUUCUCUUUUGCUUUAGCUAAAUCAGUUGCAUUUUUAUUAUUGCUGUUGUUGUUCGAGC